GUCCGUGGCGUCCCGCGCCUCCGUGCAGGCCCCGCCCCGCGCCUCAGGACCGGCGGGGCCGGGCGCAUCCCGCGGCGGUGGCGGCGGCGGGCACAAGAUGAUGAAGUUUCGGUUCCGGCGGCAGGGUGCCGACCCGCAGCGCGAGAAGCUCAAGCAGGAGCUCUUCGCUUUCCACAAGACCGUGGAGCAUGGCUUCCCCAACCAGCCCAGCGCCUUGGCCUUCGACCCUGAGCUUCGCAUCAUGGCCAUCGGCACCAGGUCUGGGGCUGUCAAGAUCUAUGGUGCACCUGGAGUGGAGUUUACAGGUCUGCAUCGGGAUGCAGCCACUGUCACCCAGAUGCAUUUCCUGCCUGGUCAGGGCCGCCUCCUGACCCUGCUAGAUGACAGCAGCCUGCAUCUGUGGGAGAUCGUCCAUCAUAAUGGCUGUGCCCACCUAGAGGAAGGGCUUAGCUUCCAGCCACCCAGCCGGCCCAGUUUUGACAAUGCCAGUGCCCCAGCCAGCCUUACCCGUGUCACUGUGGUCCUGCUGGUAGCUGGCAACACAGCGGCCCUGGGAACUGAGAGUGGCAACAUUUUUUUCCUGGACGUUGCCACUCUGACACUGCUUGAGGGGCAGACUAUCAGCCCAGAUGAGGUCCUGCGCAGUGUGCCAGAUGACUACCGGUGUGGGAAGGCUCUGGGCCCUGUGGAGUCACUCCAGGGACAUCUGCAAGACCCCACCAAAAUCCUCAUAGGCUACAGUCGGGGCUUAUUGGUCAUCUGGAGCCAGGCCACACAGUGUGUGGACCACAUUUUCCUGGGUAACCAGCAGCUGGAGAGCCUGUGUUGGGGGCGUGGUGGCAGCACCGUUAUCAGCUCACACAGCGAUGGCAGCUAUGCCAUCUGGUCCACAGACACUGGCAGCCCCCCAGCACUGCAGCCCACUGUAGUGACCACACCCUAUGGCCCCUUCCCCUGCAAGGCCAUCAACAAGAUUCUGUGGCGGAGCUGUGAGUCAGGAGACCACUUUAUCAUCUUCAGUGGUGGCAUGCCCCGAGCCAGCUAUGGUGACCGCCACUGUGUGAGUGUACUGCGAGCAGAGACACUGGUGACCCUGGACUUCACCUCCCGUGUCAUUGACUUCUUCACAGUGCACAGCACACAGCCAGAGGAUGAAUUCGACAACCCUCAGGCCCUAGCUGUGCUUCUGGAGGAGGAGCUGGUGGUGCUGGACCUGCAGACACCAGGCUGGCCAGCUGUGCCUGCCCCUUACCUGGCCCCACUGCAUUCAUCCGCUAUCACCUGCUCUGCCCAUGUUGCCAACGUCCCCAGCAAGCUGUGGGCCCGCAUUGUAAGUGCUGGUGAGCGGCAGAGCCCGCAGCCUGCCUCCAGUGCCUUGAGCUGGCCCAUUACUGGGGGCCGGAACUUGGCCCAGGAACCCUCGCAGCAUGGGCUGCUACUGACCGGCCAUGAGGAUGGCACUGUGCGCUUCUGGGACGCCUCUGGUGUGGCACUCAGGCCACUCUACAAACUGAGCACAGCUGGCCUCUUCCAGACGGACUGUGAACACGCUGACAGCCUGGCCCAGGCUGUGGAGGACGACUGGCCGCCCUUCCGCAAGGUGGGCUGUUUUGACCCCUACAGUGACGACCCCCGCCUGGGAAUACAGAAGGUUGCACUUUGCAAGUACACAGCCCAGAUGGUGGUGGCUGGCACCGCAGGCCAGGUGCUUGUGCUGGAGCUCAGUGACGAGCCAGCAGAGCAGGCUGUCAGUGUGGCCAGUGUGGAUCUCCUUCAGGAUCGUGAGGGCUUCACAUGGAAAGGCCAUGAGCGGCUGAGCCCACACACGGGGCUGUUGCCUUGGCCUGCGGGAUUCCAGCCCCGAAUGCUGGUGCAGUGCCUGCCACCAGCGGCUGUCACCGCUGUCACGCUUCAUGCCGAGUGGAGCCUUGUGGCCUUUGGUACCAGUCAUGGCUUUGGUCUUUUUGACUACCAGCGCAAGAGCCCUGUGCUGGCCAGGUGUACCCUUCACCCCAAUGACUCUUUGGCCAUGGAGGGGCCGCUGUCUCGGGUGAAAUCCCUCAAGAAGUCACUGCGACAGUCAUUCCGGCGUAUCCGCAAGAGCCGUGUCUCAGGCAAAAAACGGGCUACUGCCGCCAGUAGCAAGUUGCAGGAGGCCAACGCACAGCUGGCGGAGCAGCCCUGCCCCCACGACGUGGAGAUGACACCCGUGCAGCGCCGCAUCGAGCCUCGGUCUGCUGACGACUCCCUCUCUGGUGUUGUACGCUGCCUCUACUUUGCUGACACAUUCCUUCGAGAUGCAACCCACCAUGGGCCCACCAUGUGGGCAGGGACCAACUCGGGCUCUGUAUUUGCCUACGCGCUGGAGGUUCCAGCAGCCGCAGCCGGUGGUGAAAAGCGGCCUGAGCAGGCAGUGGAGGCGGUGCUGGGCAAGGAGGUACAGCUCAUGCACCGGGCACCUGUGGUGGCCAUCGCUGUGUUGGACGGUCGUGGCCGUCCACUGCCUGAGCCCUAUGAGGCUUCCCGGGACCUGGCACAGGCCCCUGACAUGCAGGGUGGGCACGCUGUGCUCAUAGCAUCUGAGGAGCAGUUCAAGGUGUUCACACUGCCCAAGGUGAGUGCCAAGACCAAGUUCAAACUGACGGCCCAUGAAGGCUGCCGUGUGCGCAAGGUCGCCCUGGCCACGUUUGCCAGUGUGAUGUCUGAGGACUACGCUGAGACCUGCCUCGCCUGCCUCACCAACUUGGGUGAUGUCCACGUCUUCUCUGUGCCUGGCCUGAGGCCUCAGGUGCACUACUCCUGUAUCCGGAAGGAGGACAUUAGUGGCAUCGCUUCCUGUGUCUUCACACGCCAUGGUCAGGGCUUUUACUUGAUCUCUCCAUCGGAAUUUGAGCGCUUCUCCCUCAGUGCUCGUAAUAUCACAGAGCCACUCUGCUCCCUGGAUGUCAGCUGGCCCCGAAAUGCCACCCAGCCCAGUCUUCAAGACUCACCCAAGCUGAGCCAGGCUAACGGGACCCGAAACAUCACCCUGGCGCCAGAGAGCUGUGAAGGAAGCCCUAACUCUGCCCACAGCAAGCGAGCUGCAGAUACCACAGAGCCACCCGAGGCCACACUCUCACCUGUGUCCGUUGACUCGGCAACGAGUGGGGAUACCACGCUGGACACGACAGGGGAUGUCACAGUGGAAUAUGUGAAGGAUUUCCUGGGCUCUCCUGAGGACUCGGAGAAGAACCUUCGGAACCUGGAAGCAGACGAGGCCCGGGCCUACACCCUUCUGGUUAAAUGAGGUGCUGUGAGGCAGCCAAGCCUUACCACGCAGCAGCUGCUGUCCCUUGCCCCAGCUGGGACCCUGGCAGGCCUCUGUGAUGGUGUCACUCCUGGAAGCCUAGCUGCCUUCCCCUAUCUGUCAGAGGCUUAGGGGACCCACAGUCAUGAUCACCACAGUUCAGCGCUAGAAAGGGGAUGUCCUGUCAGCCUUGAGGUCCUGGGCAUUUAGAAGGCCACCUCUGACUGGGUGUAGGAACUGAGGCUCAUCUGUUUAGUGAGCCCAUUUCACAGGACAGUCACUGAGGCUGAUAGGUCCUGCCUGUUGAGCCAGCACAUGGAGCUUAUGUGCCUACCAUAUCCUGCUAUGGACCCAACCUAGCUGGAGCCUGGAGCUAUCUGGACCUCGGUAGCUAGUGCCUCUGCACCCUACAUUGAGCAUAGAUACUACCCAUACUCUUCUACUUGGUACCCUCCUAGAUCCCAAGCAAGCCCAUCUCAGGCUAUCACUGAAAGAGCCUGGGUUUGUUUCCCCUAGCCAUCACCAUCUGCUUAUCCCAGCCCACUGUCUGCCUUGCCUAGCUCCUUAACAUUGAACCCACACCUGUUAACCUGUGGGAUCAUCUUACUGAUGCUGGGCCCUAAAGACGCCCCCAGCUUGAAAGGCAGGUGGAGGCGUGUGCUAGGAUCCUGUGUCUUGCACUCCAUACUGUCCUUUAUUUCUCCUCAAGCAGAGUAUUUUUCUAACGCCUGGACUGCGCUGGCCAGUCAUUUCUAAAGCAGUUUUGGUACUUGCUCCUGGCCUGUGUGUAUGCUCACGUGACUGGAAACUGCUAGGCACUGUAACUGGAGUCAGGCGGGUGUGUGCAUGUGUGUGGGGCAGUGAGGAUGGGCUUCCUGUAGACUCCACCUUGGGCUUUUCUGUCUUUUUUUAAAAACUAGUUUUAAUAUUAAAAGUACUGAUUUUUUAAUAUUGAAAAUAAAAGCAUUUAAUAUCUUUUAAACUGCA